AUGCGCCUUCGAGUCGCGCUUUCCAGCCUACCGAUCUUCCGCAUUCGAGUCCCCACCAUGACUGACGUCAUAAGGGGGCUCAGCAGACCGCUCGGCGCGCAGCAGCAAGCAGCGGCACUCGCGCCGGCACGCGCGGCUCCAUCGGCCGCCCCUACGCGGACCGCUCAGUCGCUGCCAUUUCCCACUGGCCUCGCCUUGCCUCUCCUUGCUCGAGCCGCUCUCCCGUUAGCGUCGCGACUCUCCUUUGCUGCUGCCCCCGCCACCAUCACCCCCGCCGGCUGCUUUCCCCGCUGCCGAUCCGCCCCUCACGCGCGCACAGGCUUUAUCCGCGACCCUUCGUUUCCCGCGGAGUGCUCCAGGCGGCGCACACGUGCUUUGCUCUCCGCGUUCCGCCCGCGCGGAGAAUGCCGCGCGCAGGCGCACGAUAGCGCGGCUUCUAUGCCGACUCCAGAGAGUUCCGCGGCAGCUCCCGCGGGGGAAGGCUCCGCGGAGCGCAGGGAUGGCGGAGCGGCGGAAGCGGCGGACGGCGCGGGGAGCGCGCAAGGGGAGCCGUUUUUGGUGCUCAACUUUUACCACUUUGCUGACGUGGAGGAUGCCCAUGGUGACGUGGAGCGGAACCGUGCGUUCCUACAGGAGCGGGACAUCCGAGGCCGGAUAUACAUCAGCCACCAGGGCAUCAACGCUCAGCUCAGCGGGCCGGCCUCACACGUGUUGGAGUAUGCAGACUGGUUGUGCAUCGACCCCUCACUCCCCCAUCCCUCUUUCCAAUCCUCCGUUCCUCUCCCCAUCACAUCAUCUCGUCCUCCCUCGCAGCUCAGCGGCCCAGCCUCACACGUGAUGGAGUAUGCCGAGUGGGUGCGCAGCGACCAGCGCUUCGCCGGGGUGCCUCUGCAGCUGUCGCCCUCCCCCAUCGGCCACGCCUUCCCGCGCCUCCGCCUGCGCUACAAGCCGGCGCUCGUGCAGGCUACGAUUGCGACGUGGGCCAUUUUGCGCUACGAGUGGGACGUGGGCCAUUUUGCCGGGGCUGUGCGCCCUCCGGUUGACAACUUCCGAUCCACCGAGUUCGGCCUGCAGGAGGUGAGGGCUGGGCGGCAAGAGGUGAGGGCUGGGCGGCAAGAGGUGAGGGCUGGGCGGCAAGAGGUUAGGGUUGGGCGGCAAGAGAUGAACGUUGGGCGGCGAGAGGGUGGGAAGGUUGUUGUGGAACACACUGAAGCCACCACAGCAGAGCAGCAGCAGCAGCUUCAGCAGCAACAACAGCAGGAGGAAGAGGAGGCAGGGAGGCAGGAGGAGGGUGCAUACGACCCGCUAUCAGCAGCAGACAAGGAGGAGACAGAGGUGCUCAUGUACUGCACGGGGGGCAUUCGAUGUGAUGUUUACUCCGCGCUGCUCAGACAGCAGGGCUUUAAGCGCCUCUACACCCUUGAGGGCGGCGUCGCCCGGUACAUGCCCGAGCAGGGCGGCGAGCACUGGAACGGGCGGCUUUUAAUGUUUGACUCACGGCUGGCUGUGCCGCCCAGGGAUUAUCAGGUUGGGGGGAAGGUGUUGCGGGAUGCGGAGGAGGAGGGGGUGGAGAGGGUUGGGGAGGUGCUGGGUGAGGUGAUGAUGGGGGAGGAAGUGGAAGAGGUGGAGGAGAGUGUGGGGUGUCAGAGGUGUGGAGGGCGGUUGGAGGAGGUGAAGCAUCGCAACUGCGCCAACUCAGACUGCAACGCCCUCAUUCUGGUCUGCUCCGCGUUCUGCUCCGGAUGCGCCCAAGCUAUGAAUGGCGCCUGCAGCACAGAGUGUGCUGCUGCUCCUCGCCUGCGCCCCUUCCUCGCCCGCCCAGAGCCCUACCAGCGUCUGCACACCUACCUGCCCAUCGCUCCCCCUCCUCGCCCCCCUGGCUACGUGUCCCGCCGUGCCCUCAAGCGACGGGCACGCAAGGCCAAACGCCUUGCUGCUGCAGAGGCGGGUGAGGGGCAAGGAGGCGGAGAGGGGAGGGAGGAGGGUCAAGAGAUUGGUCGGGGGCAGGAGGUGGAAGCAGCUGCUUGA